CCGUCGGUUACAUUAUAUCGGCUUUAUUUUCUGCUCCAUUGUCGCAAAUUUGCAGCUAUUAAUUAGUGAAAAAAUAGUUGUAAACAUUUAUAAGCAAUUUAAUAAUUAUAAUUUUGUGCAUAUUUGUUCACUUAAGAGCCCCUGCUUAAUCUGGAAAGUUGAAAAUCUGUUUGUAGCUGGGAUAGAAAAGAAAAUAAUCGAAAAAUAUGUUUUUAAUACAGCGCAAAGCAACAACGCCUUGAAUGAACAAGAGUUGUUGAGUAGAUAUAAAUGAAGGAGCCCCCACUGAAACCCAACCCUAAAGCAAAAACAAAACACACAGCACAAAGUAUUCUUGAAUUUUCUGUGGAUAUUGCUUUAAUAUAAGGAAUAUUCUUCAAUUUGGUGUUGGAGCAUUAGUAAAGAUAGGAUAUCGAGAAAAUAAUAGCUGGGAGACAGAUCUAAAAGAGGCCUCGGGUUGAAUUAAAACAAAUACAAACGCAAAAAUCAUCAAAAAUGGAUGCCGAUAAGAACAGUGGUGGUGGCGGUGGAGGCCAAGAGACAAAAGUGAUUUAUCACAUUGACGAUGAGACUACUCCGUAUUUAGUAAAGAUUCCAAUACCGUCCUCUCAGGUGACUCUGAGGGAUUUCAAGAUGGUGCUAAAUAAACAGAAUAACAACUACAAAUACUUUUUUAAAUCCAUGGAUGCCGACUUUGGUGUAGUGAAAGAAGAAAUCGCAGACGAUUCCACUAUACUGCCGUGUUUCAAUGGUCGUGUAGUGUCAUGGUUGGUGUCUGCAGAUGGCACAAAUCAAUCGGACAAUUGUUCCGACAUGCCCAACAGUGAAUGCGGUGAUUUGAGACAGACUACUCGGCCUGCCCAACCCCCACCACCACCGCAGAAAAUGAGUGUCGGAGCUCCAAUUGGUGUUGGUAAUAUGGGAACACCCGGGAUAAUUGCAAACCCUAUGAUGCAGCCUCCUCCACCGCUAACAUAUCAAUCAGCAUCGGUGUUGUCAAGUGAUUUAGACUCCACUAGUUUAUUUGGGACGGAGUCCGAAGUAACGUUUGACCGAGAUCUAACAGACUACAGUAGCGUACAGCGCCUGCAGGUGCGCAAGAAGCCUCAGCGUCGUAAAAAACGGGCACCUAGUAUAUCAAGAACUUCUAGUUACUCAUCAAUAACAGAUUCAACGAUGUCAUUGAAUAUUAUUACAGUUAAUAUCAACAUGGAAGCGGUAAAUUUCCUUGGCAUAUCAAUAGUGGGUCAGUCAAAUCGUGGCGGUGAUGGGGGCAUCUAUGUGGGCAGUAUUAUGAAGGGUGGCGCUGUUGCUUUAGACGGUCGUAUAGAACCGGGUGAUAUGAUUUUGCAAGUGAAUGAUGUGAAUUUCGAAAAUAUGACUAAUGACGAAGCGGUGAGAGUCCUGCGAGAAGUUGUUCAAAAGCCUGGUCCCAUUAAGCUAGUUGUGGCCAAAUGUUGGGAUCCGAAUCCCAAAGGAUACUUUACCAUUCCUCGCACAGAACCAGUUCGACCUAUUGAUCCAGGAGCGUGGGUCGCACACACACAAGCACUCACUUCACAGGAUAGUAUUAUUCAUCCAGACAUACCCGAGCCCAUUAAGGAACGACUUGAUCAAAGCAAUUUGGAGGAAAUUGUCAAAGCAAUGAUUAAACCAGACAGUGGCUUGGAAAUUCGUGACCGUAUGUGGCUUAAAAUCACUAUACCAAAUGCAUUCAUCGGGGCCGAUGCCGUUAACUGGGUGCUGGAGAAUGUUGAAGAUGUCCAGGAUAGGCGAGAAGCGCGUCGUAUCGUUUCAGCUAUGCUGAGAAAUAAUUAUAUUAAACAUACCGUUAACAAGCUGACAUUUUCUGAACAAUGCUACUAUGUUGUCAACGACGAUCGGAAUCCACUGCAGUGCCGGUCGAAUUUAAGCCAUGCCGACACAGAAAGUAUCACCAGUGAUAUAGGCCCCCUGCCAAAUCCUCCAAUUUACAUGCCAUACUCAGCCACAUACAACCCCAGCCAUGGCUACCAGCCCAUUCAGUAUGGGCUCACUGAGCGUCAUGGCCUUUCAUCAGGAUCCAGCAGUUCGGAUGUUCUCACAAGCAAAGACAUUUCUGCAUCUCAAAGCGACAUAACAUCAGUAAUACACCAAACAAACCAAAUGACCAUCGGACACCACGGUUCGAACAAAUCAUCCGGCUCAUCCAAUCGGGGUGGUGGCAAUCUAAACAACGAACAGGAUUCUUCGGUCUUUAAUUAUGUAUUGUAGGACGAGGAGGACUUCCUCUCAGCCAGACGGCGCAAGAGAGGGCGGAACAUAAGGCAGGAACUGCAAUGAAAUUAUGUUUAUUAUUCGUGUAUAACCUUUAAUAAUUGUCUUUUAUAUUUUGCCUUUAAAUUUUUCGAAACGUGUCAACAAAGAAUAAUGAAAGCUGAAAGGAUUAAAACCAGUAUACCGAUACAAAAUCUUUAUAAUUCUAGUAAUUAUUAUUAUUUAUAGAAUAGUAAGUACAUUCUUGAUAUAUUCAAAUACACAUCGUAUGAAAAACAAAAGAAACAAAUAGUUUAUUAUUAAUGAACAUUAUAAAUUACACGAUUAGAUUUCAACUUAAAAUAUGUCUAACGCCCACAAUUAUUGUAAUAUGUAUUUCAUAAAACAAAAGUUACGAUUUCAAAAUAGAAACCACUUUCCAAAAAUGAGACCCAACAUACCGUGUCAUAAAAACUGACCGACCAAGGACAGCCAGAUGAUACAGAAGAACACUUAAAUAUGACGCCAGGAUCAACCACUUACAUUUUGUAGAACAAACAUUCUUGCAAAAAAAGAAAAAAAAACAGCAUAAUGGAAAUUAUCAUUUAAAAAAUGUAAUUGCAUAUAA